AUGGACUCGAUGAGGUCUCUGAAUACCUCACUACCAACAUCACGGUCCCGUCGAUCACAGGCUCCGGAGCUCCUGCAGGCGUUCAAGAGCGCUGCUCUUUCUGUCACGAAUCUCUACAAGACAACGGUGACAGACCAAGCCAACACUCGUCAUCUGGGCUACCAGGAUGCUCUAGAUGAUCUGUUGUCGUUUCUGGACAGGGAGAACCUAGGACUGCAAGAUGGCGAAGGAUGGCGGAUUCGCCAGUGGGCUACGGAGCGGUUUGAAGGCGGAGACACAACGGGAUGCUCUAUCGACAGCGAUGACGACCGAACAGAAAUAGAAAAGAGAGCGAGGAGUUCCUCUCCGAUGACGCAAAGUAGGCCAGCUCAUGAAGGCCUGGAAGUACGUGGUCAUGCCAGCUCUGACAGCAACGCACCACGUACAGAGUCCGCGCCACCACCCAUUCGAAAAGAGGAGAGUCAUUCUCCAGUCAUGGAUCGACCAUCCAUGUUCACUUUCUCAGCAGCACACCCUUUGCCAAACCGAGACGUCCAAAUGCAGACAUCCGAUACCUCAUCCAGCGAUCUCCAUUUGCCAAAUGAUCCUCCUUCUGAAGCAACACCCUCACAAAGCCCCGGCUCCCUCAGGGUGGAGAUUGUAAACAGAGCUGCCAGGAUGCAAAACAGACACAACAGCACUCGACAUAACACUCGGUCCACAAACCGUGACACAAGCUUUGCUGGUGGAACAAAACGGAAGCUCAACCUCCCAGAGUUCUUUGACAUAUCCAACAUGGGUAAUUCAAGAGACGGCACGAACGGAGGAGGGAAACGAGGACGAUUUGUAUAG